CAACUAUGAAAAAAAAUAAAACCUAAGUGUUCUCCAAUUCUCCAUUCCCAUAACCAUAUAAGCCGAGAUGAAUACCCGAGAAGAAGUAGGUGAGUUCUCUAAACUCUUCAAUGGUUUCAUAACUCUAAUGAGGAGAUUCAUAUUUAAAGUUCUAUGCGUCGGUCCAAUCCCUAAUCACAUCUCAUUCAUCAUGGAUGGAAACCGCAGAUUCGCCAAGAAACACAAUCUUCAAGGCCUAGACGCUGGACACAGAGCCGGUUUCGUGUCAGUAACAUACGUUCUUCAGUACUGCCAAGAGAUUGGUGUACCGUACGUCACGCUCUACGCCUUUGGUAUCGAUAAUUUCAAGAGAGAACCUGAAGAAGUCAAGUGUAUGAUGGAUCUGAUGCUGGAGAAAAUCGAGCUCACUAUCGAUCAAGCGAUCUCCGGGAAUCUAAAAGAUUUGAAAGUGAUAUUUGCUGGUGAUUUGAAUCUGGUAAAGGAGCGUCUUAAAGCCGCAGCUCAGAGACUGAUGGAACUUACCGAGGAGAAUAGGGGGUUAGUGGUUGUGGUUAUCGUUGCGUACAGUACAAGUCACGAGAUUGUUCAGGCUAUUAGAGAAUCUUGUGUGAGGAAGUGUGAGGGUGGGGAUAGUCCUCAGGUUUUGGAGGUGAGUGAUGUUGAAGAGUGUAUGUAUACAUCAAUUGUUCCUGAUCCGGAUCUUGUAAUAAGAUCAGGAGGAAUCGAUCGGCUGAGUGAUUUCAUGACUUGGCAGAGUUCAAGGUCCCUUCUUCAUACCACGGCAGCUCUCUGGCCGGAGUUAGGUCUUUGGCAUUUGGUUUGGGCCAUUCUUAAAUUCCAGAGGAUGCACGAUUACUUGCAGAGGAAGCAAAAGCUCGACUAAAUAGGUUUAAGUUAAACCCUAGCGGAACGGACUUGAGAAAUAAAUUGUUUUUACUAAGCAGAUGCAUAAAACCCAUGUAUACUAGUUCUUAGAAAUCUAGGAAUUAAGACGAAUGUUUCAUUAGGUUAGAGCACCGAUCCCUAGCCGCAGCAUGAACUCUUACCAUCUCUGCUGGAGUUACAUGUUUCUUGUGGCACAAGAAACUAUAAAUAUGAACAAGAAAACAGAAGAAAAUCAUUCUUAUUAUGUAU